AUGUUGAACAGAAUUAACAAAUCUCGUUCUCGUACUGAGAAGACUAAACAAAAGAAUUCUCUUCUUUCCUUAAUUCUUCAAAAUGCUAUUACUAUGCCUUCUUGUUCCUUCUAUAAGAAUUGUAGUAUUCAGUCUUAUCAAGUCUCCAUCGAGAAUUCCUCUUGCUAUGCUGAAUAUAUCUGCCUGGAUUGCUCUUAG